UACAAUGUUCGGCACCGUGACACCAAACAUCAGAAAUACACAUCGUACGCUGGUGCCGAUCAUGAGGUCGCUAAACGUAUUGCCCAGCACGGCAAACCGUUCUCAGACGGUGAUUGCAUAAAGCAGUGCCUCAUCAAAGUCACAGAAAUGCAGGAUUUCAACAACGUGACCUUACAGAAUACAGAGGCGCGGAGAAUCGAGGACUUGUCAGCUAACUUGAAACUUCAGCUUGUGCUUUUGAUUUUUAUUUGAUAGCAUGCGAUGAGAGCACAGAUGCCAAAGACACCGCACAGGAGUAGAUGAUUAUUUUUGCUGUACGGAGGAGCUGCUUGAUGAGCACAACGACGGGUAGAGAUAAUUGUGAAGCUGUGUCAGAGGCAGUUGAAAAGAUGGGGCUUAAAUGGGAAAAGCUCUGUGGAGUAACAACGGAUGGAGCUCCGGCCAUGACAAAGGAAUGGCAUCGAUGGUGUGCGCCAAGGUAAAAGAGAGCGGAGGUGAGGCUGUCAGGAUGAACUGUACAAUCCACCAAGAAGCACUGUGUGCCAAGACUGUCCAGCUGGGUGAUGUGAUGAACACUGCUGUAAAAACUGUCAACAUAAUUCGAGCUAGAGGACUGUACCACAGAGAAUUUCAAGCUUUCUCAUCUGAUGCUGAAUACAGGGAUGUACUCUACCACUCUGAAGUGCACUGGCUCAGCCAUGGCUCUGUGCUGCAAGUUUCCUCUUAUGAGACGCCACACAAAAAGGAUGAUGAGCCUGUUCGGCUUAACAUACAUGUGUGAACAAACAUUUUCUCUGUUAAAUCAGAACAAAAGCAGGCUGAGAACCAGAAUUACUGAUCGCCAUCUCUGUGAAGUCACUUUCUCCUGACAUGUCAGCCAUCCUUCAAUCCAAAGGACAGCAUCACUGAGUGCAACGUUUUUCACAUUAUAGCUGAGUUCAAAAUACACACAGUAUUCUUGUGUCAACAUGUCACCUCUAGUGCGUGGCCCUUUGUUUAUUUUUUGAAUUUGGCUCUCACUAAAAAAACUUUAGACACCCCUGAUUUAAAGGAACGAUAUGUAACCUUGUCUAUAACAGUGACAUCUACUGGUUAAAAGUUGGUACUGCAGUCUAAAUCUGAAGCUCGCAGGUUCAAAGAUUGGAGACACUUCAUGAAGCAUCUUCUACGUCAGUCUGACUUCAGAACCAGAACCAGUAAAAGGUUUAUGGCAAGUACGAUUUUUCACAUGCAAAGACUUUGUUUUGGUGAAAUUGGUGCUUAACAAACAUUGUGUAAAAAUAUAAGGAAGAUAAAGAAAAUCAAGUUUUAAAAAUAUAAACAAUACAAAUAUAUACACUAUGUUUUCAAAUGGAAAGAGCAGUACAGCUUACAGGAACUGUAAGUAGCAGGUAGUGUGUAAAAGUUGACAGUGUGCAGAAUAUUUGAAAUGUGCAGGUAUUUAACAAAACAAGGAAGUCCAGAGAUGCUAAAUAGCUUAAAUUCAAAUUAAUUUCAAUGUGUAAAGAGUCAUCGUCUUUGACGUUUGAUGAUGAUGAUGUCUUUGAGCGAUGACGAUGGCGACGAGGAUGAUGAAGAUGGUGACGAUGACGACGAGGAUGAUGAUGAUGAUGAUGACGACGACGACGAUGGCGGUGAUGAUAAUGACGGUAACGAUGAUGAUAAAGUUGUAAAAAAAAAAAAGGAAUGUUUUUUCUGAAAAUUUCAUUUUCUAAAAAUAUUUUUUUUUAUUCUGUAAUUUUUUCUCAAUAUAUUUUUUUCUAAAAAUAUAUUUAAAAAAUCUGAAAAUAUCCAAACUUUUUUUGAAAAUAUACAAAACAUUUUUCACGAAAUAUUUUUGUCUAAAAAUAUUCCAACAUUUUUCUGAAGAUAUUCAGACAUUUUUCUAUUAUUGUCUCAUUUGUCUCAUCAUAGUUUUCAUAGUUUUUGUUCGUCUCAUUAUCAUCCCGUCAACGCCUAUAUUUUCGUUAUUUAAAGAUUCACAUUUUGUCCUGCUGAGUCACAUGAUCAACAACAAGCGGCAUCAUGUGUCUACAGACCACAAGUCCAGAUUAGUCCAGAUCAGAUCAGAUCAGACCAAAUUAGUCCAGAUCAGACCAGAUCAGACCAAAUUAGUCCAGAUUAGUCCAGAUCAGACAUUCAGACCGGUUCUCACUCGUUUUUGUUUUGGUCUUGCUUUUUCCCCAUCAUGCUUUGUGGCCACAUUUUAUGUUUCUCUAUAAGUCCUAAUAAAAAGUCUGAUCCAUUCUGUAAAAUGUUCCAUGCAAAAUGUUUGUAAACGUUCAGGUAAUGAUUCUGACUUCAUUAAUAACUAAAACAUGAAAGUUGAAGUUGUGACCUCCUUAACAGUCGACCUGUCCUGAUUGAACUGUGGUUCUGAUGGAAAGUUCUAGUUACUGAGUCGUUUAAAAAAAAAAAAAACCACCAGCAGCACAAAAUAGAAACAGGAUGUGUAGAGCAGGGCAUUGUGGGUAAAAACCUGCAAUCUGAUGAUGUGAACUCAUCGAGUCACAUGGUAGUCUCUCAAACAUCGAGACUACCAAGAGGACCUGAUGGAGAUUAUAUUAUAAAAUAUAAGCUAUGACUAAUUUAACUAACUUUUGAGUCUGACCUGCUCUGUAUACAUGAACCUGAAUUCAUAGAACAAACUCACAUCAUUAGCAUUAGUUAGAGUUAGUAAUUAGGGUCAGGGGGGUAAGUUACGUUAGGUAGGUAACUGUUGUUAUGUAUUAUAAGUCCACACUAUUGUGAUUACUGUUCUCACACCUUGGAUUUUUGUCACCUAUCUAUGCUCACUUACUUUGUCCUACAGAAACCAUUCAGACGUCAUGUUCAGCUCAUUUAUGACAUUAUUGCUGUUAUUUUACUCAUUCAUACCGUUCAUACUUUCAGCUACAGACUUCAUUCAACUUUAAACUUUAUUACACUAUUCUCCUGUUUUUCAGCUCAUUUCACAUUUUUGCAUCAGACAUUUCAGCAGAAGGCAUCCACGCCAAAUAUUCAGCAGGAAAUGCAGUUUUCUAGUUGUUUAUUAAUGAAAACGGAUAAACUUUGAAGUUGUGACCUCCUUAACAGUAUCAUGUCCUGAUUAAACUGUGGUUCUGAUGGAAAGUUCUAGUUAUUGAGUAAUGUUAAAAAAAAAACAUUAUGACAUUUAAAACCACCAGCACCUCAAAACUGGAAACAGGAAGAGUAGAGCUGGGCAUUGUGGGUAAAAACCUGCAAUUUGAUGAUGUGAACUCACAAACAUCGAGACCACCAAGAGGAACCGACAGCUCUGAAUUCUUCUGCCAGCCUGUCAGUCACAACAUAGAGCAAACCAAUAGCCUGAAUCAUGGGUAAUAUGUUGAAGCCUGUUCAGGACUUAUCUCAGGCCCUGAAGAGAAGGGCAAGUGUUCAAACGAGGAUGAAUGAGCCGGUGGUCCAGGAUGUGGUCCAAGAUGUGGUCCAGGGGGCGGUUCAGGGGGCGGUCCAGGAGGUGGCCCAGGAGGACCUGCUGCAGGCAGAGCUGGCAAAGUUGCAACAGGUAGAUCUGUGGAGGGUCCAAUGGGGUCUCAGUCAGAACCUCCUGCCGGACUUUCCCCCUGUGCCCCCACACUGGCUCCGAUCUGCUGACGCCACCAGCACUGCCAAAACCAUGUUGAAGUGUUACCAUGAGCAGGGGGCACUGGCGAUGCUGAAUGCGGUCCUGACAAUGAUCGGCCUUGGUCAUCGGGUCAACUACACUGCAGAACUACCAAGACCAAGACUUAUACUGGCUCCAAAACCUGAUCCAGACUUUGUGCAAACCUGGCGCAGGAAGCUAAUCAGCAGGAUGCAGCAGCCGGACAUUGUCUUGGACUGCCUGCAGGACUCCGGGAUCCUGAAAACUGCAAACAGGGAGGCCAUCAACAUCUUUGCAGCACACAAGGAGAAGAACCGGGCUCUGGUGGACCUGGUCCUGAGAAAGGGGGAUGAAGCCCAACAGGUGUUCUACAAGGCCCUCAGCCAAUCAGAGCCGUUCUUACUGCAGGAACUGGAAGGAAGUCCAAUCAGGAUCAAGAAUCCUUCAGAGAUGUCAGUCCUUGCAGAGAUGUUGGAGUUUCUGGUCUCAGAGGAGCUCAGAUGUUUCCAGUGGUUAGUCAGUCACAUGACUGAUGAUAGCUGCUCUCCUAUUGGUGGAGAGCAGCUACAACAUGCAGACAGGCCAACAACACAAAGACUUCUGGGAGAAUAUUUUGGAUCAGAACAGGGGGAGACGGUUGCCAAGAACAUCCUGCUGAAGAUUGUGCCAAUGCUCAGUGUCUGUCUGCGAGGAAAAGCAGUGACAUCACAGAGUUCGAGUAACAUCAGAUCAGACAUGAGCAUGGACACAUCAGUGGUCGAGAUCACACCUGAAGUCUUCAAGGACGGAAACAUGUUCAGGUUGCGUUGCUUCCAGCCGGGCAUUUUCCAUUGCCGUGAGACCGGCCUGCUGUUUGCGGGCGUUGGUGACGUGGUCUACCAGGUGAUACCCUGGGACGUGGACUUUCUAUCCUCUAAAGGUCUGAGGCCGGCUGGACCACUGUUCAGGUUCACAGUGAUAACAGGAAGCUUCCACCAACUCUACCUGCCGCACUGUCAGCUGACUUCAGAUGAUGCUCUGAAGUUGUCUGUAGCUCAUGUCACUGGGGACAGCGUGGACUUCAUCACACCUGGUCAGGUGACAGAGCAUCAUGUGAUCAUUGAUGUCUCUGGAUUCUCAUGUUUUGGUCUUGUGAUGCCGGUGGCGUCCAACAGUCCAAUCAGUGGCCUCGUGCUAAUCUUCUCUCAGCUGAGUACCCGCUCACUGUUCAUCCUGCUGCUGCAGCGCAACGUCAACCUCCCUCAGGUGAUAAAAGACUGGAAGCAACGGAGUGGAGCCGAGUAUGUAGAGACAAUACCAGACUGCGAGCUGAUCCCGAACCAGAUGUACAAACUGAGUGCAGAGCCGAUCACAUUCAUCCAGCCAGAGAGUUCAAAGUUCGUGAACUUCAGCGACUACAACAACUUCCUGGCUUCGUUUCAGGUGCAGCUGGCAGCUGACGUCAGGAGGGUGGAGCUACAGCUGAUGAGAUCCGUGACUCCACUCCCUCUGAUUGGCUGGCUAUUUGGCUCCAUAGAGUCUGUGGUUUGGCGCCAAGUUGUCCAGAUGGGAGUGGCCUCAUCUCUCUCCACUGAAGUUUGUGUCCCAGAGUCUGCCGAUGUGAAACUCCUGCUCAUCAACAUACUCAACACUCUUGUGAUGGAGGACUUAAAAACCUUCCAGCGUUUCCUGGGUUUGCAGUCUGAUCCAAUCCCCAUCAGCCGGCUGGAGGGACAAGACAGGAUCAGAACCGUGGACUUGAUGGUACAGCAGUACCACACUGAGGGGGCCAAAGAGGUCACAGAGAAGAUCCUGAAGAGAAUGAACUACAACAAUCUGGCAGAGAAGCUGCAGAGGACCUGAUUGAGAGUUUGAAACAUUGAACGAUUAUAUCCUCAAACAUCAUCAUGACUCUGCAAGAUCUCAUCAGGGACCCUGUAUGUCUGUAUGUUCUGGACUGUACUGGACUCUAAACCUCCUCUGACCUGUGGGGUCCCCCCAGAACAUGUUUGACCUGUUAUUAUUACA